UUUGUGAUGCUUUGUUGCGAUUAAUAGGGUUUUACCGAACUGCUCCCUCUCCUCUCUCGUCGUUUAUUCUCGAGAUGUUGUGGUCCCUUCUGCUGUAAAUUGUAAAACCCUAGCUUCUACGGUUCCAUCUCGAUGGCUUUACUUAGGAUUAUCUUUGUGGAGCACAUGUAAAGAGCAAUGGUUAAUUUCACAGCUUGAUGUAGUUUGUCACUCGAGGUAUGUUCAUUUAAUUCGCAGUUCUAUACUACACAAUCGUUGAUCGCUAUUUUUUCCUUCCCUCUGUUAAUCAAAUUUAUGAAAAUUUCAUAUAUCCAGCUCUAUCUUUUAACUUAUUUAAUUUUAAUGUGGGAAGUGGGUAGGAAGGAGCAAUUAGUUUAGUUCAUUGCAAUAUCUCUGAAAGUAAGCAGAAGAAGCUGUAGUAGUCGAAGGAGUUAUAAGCCAAAUCCAACUCUAUCUCGAAUAAUUAUGAGUCAUUUAACCCAAUUGCUUGCUAGGGAAGGAGGGAAUUAAAUAAAUUUCCUUUGAAAACAACUCCAUAAAAGGUAAGCAUCAUGUCAAAAAUGGGUAUAUGAGGAAAACCGUGGGACUCCAGCCGACCAGCAUUCCCACUGUUCAAAUUUGCUUUGAAAAUUUACUUUUUAAAAACAAUUCUUAAGCUAAAAUCAAAAUCCCCAAGAAAAAAAUCUUACAAAAAAGAAACCGAGCCAGGUGGGUUAAAAAAGAAAAAAGACAAUUAAACUGUUCAUAACCACAACACACUCUUUAUGUUUUGAGAAUAAUUGUGGAGAGAGGCGGCUUCAAAGGUUAUUGAUCAGCUUGGGUUUCUGCAAUGGGGAGGCUCUUCCUGGUUGAAUAUGAUCAAACACCGGACACCCAGUUCUACUCCUGUCGUGCUUGCCGAACCCCAAUUGCCUUAGCAGAUCAGCUUUUAUACCAAGAUGAGAGUGAAAGGAGACCAGUCAGAGUGUUCAAUAAUGUUGUCAAUGUCAUCAUUGACGACCCUGCACGUUAUGAAGAGGUGGCCUGCGGUGGCAUCGUUGCGGGAGUUUACUGUACCAAAUGCAACAUACCAUUGGGCAGAAAAAUUGUUAAACUACCAAAGUACACAACAAAGGUUGCAGAAGGGAAUGUGACAAUGAACAUGACCAAGCUGUUGCUAUGGGAUGGACACCAAUUUCUUAAUGCCCAUACACUGCAAUUAGCUGAAAACAUCUGAUUUCUGUAUUUGUGUCGAUUUAUGAACAGCAGAGUUCUUCCAUUUGGUUGCUGUACUCAUUGCCCCCUUACCAUUUAUUUGCUUCUUUUGGUACUUGUGAGAAAGUGAAAUAAGUGUGGUGUUGUUGGUAGACGCAUAUUUUGUGAUAUAGAAUGGUUGAAAUGAAAAUAAGUAGGGGAUGUUGAGAGUUUUGAGGAUUAUUUAUUGUAAGCAACAUUUCCAUAUUGCAAUGGCAAUUAUGUCAAUGCUUUUGGCUAUUUCUUUCCCAAUCAAAUGGAAUGCCAUGCAGAAUCUUCAUGAA